UACCUCGCUUUAAUAAUUUGCAUCAGUCGACAACUUUUUUGAUCAGAACUUUCAGAUAGGUGGAAAUCGCGGAUCGUUUUGCAUUUCUGUAGAGAAUGACCUGGUAGUUGGCGAGAACGUCAAACUGGCCAAGUUGUCAUGCCACCAGCGGACCUCUUACCUGUGGCACACAGUAACCCGCAAUGACGUCGUGUCGGUCAAAGCGAGCAAGUUUCUGAUUUGUUUGGCGUACAAAGAUCGCUCGGUGACGUUUCAUUCUUCCGUGACCGGCACCCUGUUGUCUCCCGCGCUUCUUCUUGACAGUGCAGCAUCAUCUAUUACCGUAAAGGACGCGUACGUAAUGGUCAUUGAGACCUCGGGUGGCCUGAGGGUGUGGAGUUUUGCCGAUACCUUCAAACUGCACUGUAAUACCUCAGUUUUGCCCCUUUUGAAAAGUAAUUCGGAUUUUUAA